AGGGGGAGGGUUUGGGUGGGAGGCGAUGACAAGAUGAAAGGGGCCAGGUGAGGAGGAGACACAGGAGCAUCCCACUCUUCGUCUGCUUAGCCCACUAUAGCCCACCACUGGAUGUGUGUGACUGGUGUGUAUCAUUGUGUUGGCUGUGUGUAUGUGUUUGUCUGUAUGGGAGAGACACAUCAAGAGACCGUGAACCUGCACACCAGUGAGCAGCUAUUUGCAGACUAAGCUUUGCCUGGUUAAUUUCAAAGUGGAGGAUCUAAGCUGCUUCAUCUACAAGGGACAUCGGUCUUCUGAGCCCCCCUUUGAGGUCCAGUCCACCACAGAAACAAGAUGUGUGGAGCUUGGGCUGCCAUGACCGAAUCCACCUCUUGAACUUCUCUGUGACACCCUACGCCAGGGGAGGAUGGGAGAUGGGCCCGUGACAUUCAGCGGACUCUCUUCUCCAUAUCCCAUCCUCUCAUGGAGCACCUUGUCACACCAAGUCCCUCCUGGAACACUUCGCUCUCGGGAUUUCCUUCGUUUCCCCUCUCGCUACAUCCAAAUGCUUCCAACUUGAGCCAGCCCGUCACAAGCAUUCACACCGGAGCAAGCGUGAACCAGUUUUUAGCUGUGUGUGCCAUGCUCAUAAUGGACACCCUAGCUGUGGUGGGGAACCUCGCUGUGAUGAUUGUCAUCACCAAAACGGCGCAGCUGCGCAAGUUUGCAUUUGUGUUCCACCUGUGCUUGGUGGACCUGCUGGCGGCGCUGGUUUUGAUGCCACUUGGAGUGGUGUCGGACCAGUUCAUGGUACACGAGGCUCUGUGUCAGAGCUACCUCUGCUUGAGUGUUUGCCUGGUGAGCGCGGCCAUCCUCACCAUUUGCGCCAUCAACGUGGAGCGCUACUAUUACAUCGUGCACCCCAUGCGCCACGAGGUGAAGAUGACUUUGGGGGUGGUGGUGAUGGUGCUUGUGGGGGUCUGGAUUAAAGCCGUUGUCAUGUCAUUGGUGCCUCUCCUGGGGUGGCUGCUCCAAGGUAACCAGGGGAUGACCUCUCCUUCAGUGCUCAUCUCAGGUCAGACAUACUGCUCCCUCCACUGGGCGGGAGGAAGGACCACACGGCUGCUCUUCAUGGUUUUUUUCACCUUCAUCUAUUUCCUGUGUCCCAUGUUGAUUAUUUUAGUGGUCUACUGCAAUAUGUUCAAGGUGGCUCGAGUGGCAGCCAUGCAUCAUGGCCCACUCCCUACUUGGAUGGACACACUGAGACAACGUUCUGAGUCGACCAGCAGCCACUCCACUAUGGCUGCAAGUUUUGGAGGGACGGGCUCCCGCAACACACCUCAAAGGACAUUUGGUGGUGGGAAGGCCGCUGUGAUUCUGGUGGCGGUGGGAGGCCAGUUCUUGUGCUGCUGGCUGCCAUACUUUUCUUUCCAUCUCUACUCAGCUGUCGUGUAUACCUCUCCCGCUUCGCUGGCCCGGUUGGAAGGUGUGGUCACAUGGAUUGGCUACUUCUGCUUCACCUCCAACCCCUUCUUUUACGGCUGCCUCAAUCGUCAGAUUCGCGAAGAACUGGGGCGCCACGUGGCCUGCCUUUUCAAGCGGGCUGGGUCUGGUCAGGGGGAACAGCUGCCCAGCCGAGAGGCCUCCAUCGAGGAGAACUUCUUACAGUUCCUUCAGGGCACGGCGUGCAAUCUGGAGCCGUGCAACUCUCACAGCGGAGUGACUCCAGACGAGGUGGAACAUGAAGGCCUUCAGGAGUCAUCUGCUCUGCAGAACACGCCAGCUGAUUUCCACAUCCCAGGGCAGAUUCUUGAAGAAACCUCAGAGUUCAUACAGCGGCAAAAACUAAACAAUCAACUUCAUGGUUUGGAAAAGACCAAAAUGGUAUCAGAACUAUAGCUGCCUCCCCCGUAUUACCUAAUAAUCACUUUAAAGUCAUUCAUUUCUUUGGGAUCUCCUUUAAUUGUUUUAAAUAAUAACACCCUGUUAUGUGAGCUCAAACUGAAACCUGGUGAUUUGCAAAUGAUGCUGUCUUCUAGUUUUGGUUAUGCAGCAUCUUUUUGAGAAAAUGAGAUUUUCUGUGAAAGAUCACUGAUAAAUACAUCAUGUGCAUGUUCUCAUUUUCAUCCCCUCCAGUCACUAUCAUGUGGCAUUACAUGUCGAUCAGCAGAUACACACUAAGUGAAACCUUUGUUCUCUUAUUCACCUUUUUUAUUAGCAGUGAAGAAAAUUCUCACUUUACAGAACAGAAUGCCUUUACAGAACAAUGUUUUUAACCAUUUUUAAGACAAUUGGAUGCUUCUCAACCAGGUGUUGCAACAAACUAUGACCAGACCUCUGGUCAUCUCAGACUAAGUGUAUUUUGUCCCAUGAGAUGACACUGCUCCCCUCACCAGAAAGAGGUGAUAAAAGUGAUUAAUUGGCAUUAAAAUAAAUAGUUUCACUGCUGGUGCUGCCAUAAACAGGCUGACACACCAGAGUAAUUUGAACCUCUUUAAUUCCUGUUACCAUGUUUCUUUUAUAUAUCUGCCUUGUGAUUGUCAUUUCCGCAAUCUUAUCACAUUGGGAGGCAUGUGUUUGCUAACAUUCAUUUAAUUGUUGGACAUUAACUUUACUGUCACAAAUAGAGGUACACUAAGAGUCCAUUCAUGUCCAUUCAGUCUACAGUAAUGCACCUCUGUUGGAUUCCCAUGCUGAAUUUAAGGGCACCUCACUGCCGUGACAAGCCAUGGUCCCCGUCAAGAUCCAACUAUAGCACAUUAAAGCAGAAUAUGUGGCUCUUUAUUAUACAUUGAGGCUUUACCAACAGCCAGCUUUCCUACUGUGUGAUUAAAGCAUGCUGCAUGUUGACAGGUAAACACAGGAGCAGAGAGAGUGCUCCUGUGUUUGUGAUAGACACAAGCAGCCAUGUUGUGGCUACACAAGCUUGCGGUUGUGACAGUGCAUACACACUCUUUUGCCUUUGGCCUCGUUUAGCAUGAUAAAUUGAAGUCUCACAUCUCAGGUGGAAUACAAACAUUUUGCACAAAAGUUGCGUAAGGCGUUUGCCAAAGAAAAUGGCACGGCACAAAUCUCUUUCUAACAGAGUGUUGCGUCAUUACUCGAUGCGCGUUCUUCCUUGUUGCCUUUCUUUUGAACUGCUGGCAUGAUCACAAGACUUGUCGACACAACAGGAAGAUUCACACUUUGCUGGAAGUUAGACCAUAACAAACAUUCUGUACUUUUUUUAAACAGUGUCUUUGUUGUUAGGAUUCGUAUUAGAGUCGUAAUGUUGCUUUGGAAGUGAUAAAAGUGCAAUGUGGAGCACUGAGGCCCGAAUAUUUGAGCACAAGACAAAAUAACUGCCAUACCCCUCAAUGUGCUACAAUUUGCAUGUAUUUAUGAUCUAUUACUAUUGUUGCACCAUACUUACAUCAGCCUGAGCUCUUAAAGGGAUAGUUCGGAAUUUUUGACGUGAAGAUGCGAGCGUCAGCUGUGGAAUACAUACGUAAACACAUCGCAGCCAUCUUCAUUAGAUACACAACAAUGGACAGGCGAUAGCGCGCAGUGAUACGAGGGAAGAGAGAAAGCAAUGCAGAGCGAUUGUGAGGUCAGAUUUUUUUUUUUAGGCAAAAAAUUCAAACUAUCCCUUUAACUAUAAUUUGAGCAUAACUGUCAUUUGUUAAAUGGUUGAAAAUAGUGACAUAAAACCACUAUUCAAAUUUGUCGGCGCGGCAGCAAAAUGAGCCAGUCAAUGCAAGUUCCAUGUCUGUGACAAACUGUGGAUUAUAAGGCAGAAGAUACUACAGUAACACCUUUUUUCAUGUGUAAAUUGCCAAAAUGUUAAUUUUACUCUCUUUGUAUCAUUUUGUGUGUCAGAGCUGACUGCUUUGAAUCUUUUUGGGCUAAAACUUAUUGACUAAAACCUGUUAUUAAAAACACAAGAUAAACGUUGUUGUGAUUACAUUUAGUUACAUCCAUUACAUUUAGUUCGUUACAUUAAUGUAUGUAACUAUUAUUACAUAGUUACAUAUAUUACUCGUUGUUGUCAUUACAUCUUGCAUCUUUGUUAAAUUGAUACAUGUACUACAUUCUUGGUCUCCUCACAGUUGUUUCCCUCUUAGUGUUUGGCGUGACCAUUCCAUGAACAGAUACCACCAUAAUUCCACCUGAGGCUCAUCCUCUAAUUCCCAACCAGUUUGUCUGUGCUGCUUCCCAUUGGUCACAAUGACUCAAACUUUUCAUGUAGAGCCAUGGAGGGCAUUUCCUACGGCGCACAGAAGCAGUUCAAACACACUGACCUUUGUGAUACAGUUAACCCAACACAUGUGCUCAAGGAGAGGGCAUGUCACUAUGGAGCAUUGUUGGAAUAACAUACUGUAGAUUUAUGCCCAUUUUUGCCAUCACCCUGUAUUAUCUUUAAAUGGUAAAAUUAAAUUACAUAAAAUUAGUUUGUUAAGGAAAACAGAAGAAUGUUCUGGGUGAGUCUGCAUGUUCUCCUUGUGCCAGUGUUGGUUCCCACCAUAUUCCAAAACCAAAA